UGUGAAUUUGUGUACAUUUUGAUUUCAAGAUCUCAGCUGAUAUUGCGCACACUGCUCGUCACCCUCCCAACACAAAAGGUACCUAGACGCAACGCUACCAAAGUCUGGAUGUUACCGUUCAUUAGUGUAUAUGUCUGAAAUAUCUAUUUUUGCAGAUGAAAGCCACGAAAUCCCUCACAUAUGCCACCGAAAACACUAUUAUCUCUCCAACACUGUUGCUGCGAAGUCACUCAAAUCCAACCCCUAGUGUAUGUGAAUGUGGGUCAUGUUUUCAUGAAGAAAUCCCAAUUAAUGUGUUGCCUAGCAAAUUGUUCACUGCUAAACCUGGAAGACUAGUGUCUGCCAUCAAUACUUUAGUCGAAAGUAUCUCUAAGCAAAAAGUUGGCUCCAACGACUCCAUCAACUAUACUUUUAACAAAAUGGGUAAGAUGACAUCCAGUGCAGCUGGAGACGGACAGUAUUGGUGGGACGACUUAUUGUUCGUACAAGGCGAAAAGUCGGAGACCUUAACACCAUUUACUCUUAUUCUUCGAGCGUUAAUCCGCUUCGAAGACCUCUAUGCUAAUAACCAAAGAAACUGCUUGACUGAAAUCAUUAAUAUUUGUCGUUCGUGUAAUCAUAAGAAAAAACCAGACUAUAAAUCAACUCGUUUAAAAUUUUAUAUUGGAUUGAGUUCAUACGUCAACAGUAUUGAUAUGUUUUGUUGGUCUCCUGGUUCACGAGAUAUUGCCUUUGAAUUUGUUCUAGCUUGGAGUACUCUAAUCAUAAACGAGAGUGGUUUGCAACAUAUUGGCCGUAGUAACCUUGCUCCAGAAUCAUUUGGUGUGAUUGAGAAUUGGGCUGAAUAUUUAUCAACGGGAAAAUUAAGUUCAAAAUCUUCUAGAUUUAUUCAAGUAGAACCAGACCAUUCUAGCUUAUUUCAGGAGCUUGAAUUAUCUAAUGUUUGUGAAAAUCCUAUACAUCUUACUACAAAAGAGAUCGUUAUAGCUAAAAAUCCUGAAGCAGGAACUACUAAAGAUAAUCUUCAUAGCAAUUUUAGGCACAGAUCUGUAACUUUAAUUAUCGAUACUGGUGAAUCGUGUACUGUAGAAGAAAAAACGAUGAAUACGAAUUCUGAGUUGUACAAAUUAAGCAAAGUAUGGGAAUCUGUUGUUGCAAAACAACUAGGAAAUGUGAACAAUACAAUUGUAUACAAAAUUGGCGAACCACUUGACUCAUUGAUCUCAUCAAUUAACAAGUAUUGGGGAUAUAAUCGAUGUAAAAUAUGUUCAGAAAGCAAUUAAUAUGUAUUUUGAUUCAGUCUUAUUUUGUUGUCUAUUCAAUGUUGAGUGUUUUUCUAACCUUCGACCAAAGUCGACUUGAACAAUAUCAGUGACUAUCUUACUGAUGUUAAAUAUUUUCUUUACUAAUCAUAAGUUCAGUACAUCGGUUUGUACUAUGCUAUUUAUGUAUCUAGAGUGUUACGUUUCUUAGGAAAUAAAUUUUGUUUUUUACAAAUAUACACAUUACAUGUUUUCUUGAAUAUUAUAUAUAUAAGUCGUCUUUUGUAGCUCAUUGUAUAGGGAAAAUAGUGGAUGCC